AUUUGUAUUCGUUAACAGGUUUUUGUUUAUAAAUUUUUUAUCUCGUGCUUCGCUUUUUAUAAAAUUUUUUUGCGAUUUUAAUAAUUUAAAAAUUGUUAUUAAUCAUAAUGGACGAUCUAUCAUCUGCGUCUACAGAUAUUCAACGACUAAGAGAUGAAAUCGGUCUACUCAAUGAAGAAUUACGUGAGAAAAAGAAGCUCUUGGCCUUACUAGAAGAUGAGCAAAAACAACGAAACAACGGUGCACUAGACACUGCUGAAAUUUCAAGAUACAGUCGUCAAAUUAUUCUUCCUUCUAUCGGAUUAAAAGGUCAACAACGACUUAAGAAUGCUUCAGUGUUGAUAGUUGGAGUCGGUGGCUUAGGAUGUCCAGCUGCUUUGUAUUUAACUUCGGCUGGCGUUGGCCGUAUCGGAUUAGUCGACUACGACGAUGUAGAAAUAAAUAAUCUACAUAGGCAAAUAUUGCAUUCGGAAGAUGAUUUAAACGUCGCCAAAGUCGAAUCUGCUUCAGAUAAACUGAAAAGACUAAACCACGGAGUGAAAUUUGAGAACCAUAAAUGUCAAUUGACCAGCGAGAACGCUAUUCCUAUUAUAAGUCAAUACGACGUAAUUCUGGAUGCUACUGAUAACGUGGCUACCAGAUACCUCCUAAACGACGCUUGUAUUUUCGCAAAAAAACCACUAGUCAGUGGAUCGGCGCUGCAAACCGAAGGCCAGCUUACUGUCUAUAAUCAUCUGAGUUCGCCUUGCUAUAGGUGCUUGUAUCCUCAACCUCCUCCACCGAAUACAGUAAAUAACUGCAGCAGUUCCGGUGUUCUAGGACCUGUUUGCGGUGUGAUUGGUUCGUUGCAAGCGCUGGAAGCUGUAAAAAUAAUUCUAGAUUUGGAAGACGUAUUAUCGGGCAGAAUGUUACUAUUUGAUGGAUACGAUACGACAUUCCGUUGCAUUAAACUACGUAAAAAGAAACUCGACUGUGACGUUUGCGGAAUUAAUCCUACAAUUAAACACCUCAUCGAUUACGAAGAAUUUUGUUCCUCGCCUGCUAACGAUAAAGGAAAAUCGCUGCAUUUAUUGAACAAGAACGAACGAAUUUCAGUCAACGAUUUAUAUAAAUUGAGAUCUGAAAGAGAACCGCAUUUGCUGAUCGAUGUACGUUCGAAUGUCGAAUACGAAAUGUGCCAUUUACCGGAGUCUAUUAACUUGCACAUUAAUUCGUUGGAUAAACACGCAGAUUUUCUAAUCAAGAAAAUAAACGAUUUGAAAUGUAUUACGGAUGAUCCAAAGAUUAUAUUUAUCUGCAGACGCGGUAACGACUCGCAAAUAGCUGUCAAUAUGCUAAAAUCUAAACUGGAUAUUAAAUCGUUGUACGAUGUCGAAGGCGGUUUUCACGCGUGGUCUAAACACAUCGACCAAAAUUUUCCUCAUUAUUGAAAUAAAUGUUUUAAAAUUUAA